GGAAGAUAUUAUUCCUGAGAUAUAGAUGAUCCUCAAUUUGCGCAUAUUUUAAUUUCACCUCUUACUACUAAAAAUGCCAAAGCCGCCCUCGUCUGCAUCUGUGUUAAUGACGCCAUUAGAAGUGUCGGCGGAGAUGUUGAUAAACGACAACAAAGGCCCAUUCGUGAGAAAUGAAAACGAGUGGCAGCUACCAACUCUUUGUUGAAGAAGAAACAAGAUGCCAAUUGUCAUUCAGGAAAGUUCUUUUAAUUGUUUGAUUGUUGAUUGAGAAGUGAAGCAAAGAAUGAUAAAGAUAGUGGAGGUGUAGGAAAAAGGUCUAACUGUAGUAACGCAAGAGAUCGCUGCUGCUGCUGCUGCUGCUGCUGGGCUUCUUUUCGACAGAUCUGAACUGAUAUUUUCAGUUUUUAAUUACAUUGCGAGAAAGGUCAAUGGAGGCUAGUGCAGGCUUGGUGGCCGGCUCUCACAAUAGGAAUGAGCUUGUUGUCAUACGUAGAGAUGGCGAAUCUGCCCCGAAACCGUUACAGCAGUUAAGCGGGCAAAUAUGUCACAUAUGCGGAGACGAUGUGGGGCUAACUGUAGAUGGCGAGCUGUUUGUGGCCUGCAAUGAGUGCGCCUUCCCAAUAUGCAGAACUUGCUAUGAGUAUGAGCGCAGGGAAGGAACUCAAGUCUGUCCUCAGUGCAAGACUAGAUUCAAGCGUCUCAAGGGCUGUGCCAGAGUUGAGGGAGACGAAGAAGAAGAUGACAUCGAUGACUUGGAAAAUGAGUUCAAUUUUGAUGCAACAAAGGGUAGAAAGAAUAUGCAGCAUCCUCUUGCUACAGAUGCUAUACUUCAUUACGGUCGUGCAUUUGAUAAUGCUGAUCCUCAUCAAGCCCUCCAUCCUCUGCCCCAACUUCCUCUCCUUACUGACGGUCGAACGGUUGGUGAUAUUCCUCCAGAACAACAUGCUUUGGUCCCUUCAUUCAUGUCUAAUGGUGGCGGUGGCGGCAAAAGAAUUCAUCCUCUACCUUUUUCAGAUCAUACCCUUCCUGUGCAACCCAGAUCUAUGGAUCCUUCCAAGGACUUGGCUGCUUAUGGCUAUGGAAGUAUUGCUUGGAAGGAGAGGAUGGAGAAUUGGAAACAAAAACAAGAAAAACUGCAGAUGAUGGAGAAUGAAAAUGGCGGCAAAGACUGGGAUUAUGACGGUGAUGCACCUGAUCUACCACUAAUGGAUGAGGCCAGACAGCCAUUGUCCCGAAAAUUGCCUAUUCCUUCAAGCCAAAUCAAUCCUUAUCGAAUGAUCAUCAUUAUUCGACUUGUAGUUCUUGGGUUCUUCUUCCAUUACCGAGUCACUCACCCUGUGAAUGAUGCAUUUGCAUUGUGGCUCAUAUCUGUUAUUUGUGAGAUUUGGUUUGCUCUUUCAUGGAUUCUUGAUCAAUUUCCAAAGUGGCUCCCUAUUGACAGAGAAACUUAUCUGGAUCGAUUGUCUCUCAGGUAUGAGAAGGAAGGCCAUCCUUCUCAACUCUCUCCAAUUGAUAUAUUUGUAAGUACAGUCGAUCCAUUAAAAGAACCUCCACUGGUCACUGCAAACACAGUUCUGUCCAUUCUUGCGGUGGAUUAUCCUGUUGACAAGGUCUCAUGUUAUGUUUCUGAUGACGGUGCUGCUAUGCUGACAUUUGAGGCACUAUCAGAAACAUCAGAAUUUGCAAAAAAGUGGGUCCCUUUCUGUAAGAAAUUUAACAUUGAACCAAGGGCACCAGAGUGGUAUUUUGCUCAAAAGAUAGAUUAUCUGGAAGAUAAGGUUCACGCUUCAUUUGUGAAGGAACGGAGAGCAAUGAAGAGAGAAUAUGAAGAGUUUAAAGUUCGGAUCAAUGCUUUGGUUGCCAAGGCAAAAAAGGUCCCAGAAGAGGGGUGGACAAUGCAGGAUGGGACUCCAUGGCCUGGGAAUAAUGUUCGUGAUCAUCCUGGGAUGAUUCAGGUUUUCCUGGGCCAAAGUGGAGGACUUGACAAAGAGGGAAAUGAAUUACCACGUCUGGUGUACGUUUCCAGAGAAAAGAGACCUGGAUUUAACCACCACAAAAAGGCUGGAGCAAUGAAUGCUUUGGUCAGGGUUUCUGCUGUGCUCACAAAUGCUCCUUAUUUGUUGAAUUUGGAUUGUGACCACUACUUCAAUAACAGUAAGGCUAUUAGGGAAUCAAUGUGUUUCAUGAUGGAUCCUUUGCUUGGAAAGAGAGUGUGCUAUGUCCAGUUCCCACAAAGGUUUGAUGGUAUUGACAGACAUGAUCGAUAUGCCAACCGGAACAUUGUAUUCUUUGAUAUCAACAUGAAAGGUUUGGAUGGCAUUCAAGGACCAAUAUAUGUUGGCACAGGGUGUGUGUUCAGAAGGUCGGCACUCUACGCUUAUGAUGCUCCAAAAGCAAAGAAACCACCUAGUAGGACAUGCAACUGCUUGCCAAAGUGGUGCUGUGGAUGUUGUUGUUCAGGAAGGACAAAGAAGAAGAAGACUAACAAACCUAAGUCUGAGAUGAUGAAGAAGACUUCAAGGACAUCCACCUCUGUUUUGGAGGGUACUGAAGAGGGCAUUGAAGUAAUUGAAGAUCAAAAUGUGGCUGUAAUGCCUGAACAUAAAUUAGAAAAGAAGUUUGGACAGUCUCCUGUAUUUGUAGCAUCAACACUUCUAGAGGAUGGUGGUACACUGAAAAGUGCCAGCCCUGCAUCUCUGCUUAAAGAAGCCAUCCAUGUUAUUAGCUGUGGCUAUGAAGACAAAACAGAAUGGGGAAAAGAGGUUGGAUGGAUUUAUGGUUCGGUUACAGAGGAUAUAUUGACAGGUUUUAAAAUGCACUGCCAUGGAUGGCGAUCAAUAUAUUGUAUUCCUGAUAGGCCUGCAUUUAAAGGUUCGGCGCCCAUCAAUCUUUCUGAUCGUCUACACCAGGUCCUUCGAUGGGCUCUUGGAUCUGUAGAAAUAUUUUUGAGCAGGCACUGUCCUCUUUGGUAUGGAUAUGGAGGAGGUUUGAAGUGGCUAGAGCGUUUGUCUUACAUAAAUGCUACAGUGUAUCCAUUGACAUCUAUUCCUCUGUUGGCAUAUUGUACUCUCCCUGCUGUAUGCUUGCUAACUGGCAAAUUUAUCACUCCAGAGCUCAGCAACGUUGCCAGCUUGUGGUUUUUGUCACUUUUCAUUUGCAUUUUUGCAACAAGUAUACUGGAAAUGAGAUGGAGUGGAGUCGGGAUUCAUGACUGGUGGAGAAAUGAGCAAUUUUGGGUGAUUGGAGGGGUGUCAGCACAUCUAUUUGCCGUCUUCCAGGGCCUCCUAAAGGUUCUAGCUGGUGUAGAUACAAACUUCACUGUAACAGCAAAAGGAGGGGAUGAUGAGGAGUUUUCAGAGCUGUAUCUAUUUAAGUGGACCACAUUGCUCAUUCCACCGACAACACUGUUGAUCAUAAACCUGAUAGGAGUGGUUGCUGGUGUAUCAAAUGCAAUAAAUAAUGGGUAUGAUUCGUGGGGGCCUCUGUUUGGUAAGCUUUUCUUUGCGUUCUGGGUGAUAGUUCACCUCUAUCCUUUCCUGAAGGGUCUACUUGGUCGACAAAACAGAACUCCCACAAUCAUUAUUGUCUGGUCAAUUUUGCUUGCCUCCAUCUUCUCCCUUCUGUGGGUUCGUAUAGAUCCAUUCCUAGCAAAGUCGGAUGGCCCGGUUUUGGAAGAAUGUGGUUUGGACUGUAAUUAGCAUCAGCAUUUGCUGUUCGGCGAUGGGCCAUUAAGGCGGAUCAAAAAUAUCUGUGUUUUUCAUGGUACAGAAGAUAAAAGAUGUCUGGUAUGGAGAGGUUUGCAAGCUGUAGAUUGAAUUGUGUGUUGAGGCGUGGUUUGGCGUGUAUAUCUUUUUACACUCCUUAUUCCUCCUCUUUGGUAAAGGAAUUACAUAAGGGGUCAAGCCUGAGCUGGCUGCUGCGCGCCACCUUUCACUGUUGUUCUUGGGGCAGAAACUACAAUAAGCGCUUCCCAAAUUCUUUUGUAUUUUAAUUUAUACAGGGAAGAGAAGGUAGGCUACACUACUUUAUAUUGUGUAUUAUUAUUAUUAUUAUCACAAAUCUCUCUCUUUUUUAUUCAUAAUAAAAGCGGGUUUUGUCCCCCUGUAAACCACAAAGGUAAAAUCAUGGGUCUGUGCUGGAACGUUUUUGUAAUCACCAGUUUUACAAGUGAAAAUUGAAAAAAAAAAAAUUGUUUUUUCUGUUAAA